AUGUCUGCAAGUGGAGCACAACAGAUGGAAUUGGAUGAUGUGCAGCAACCGCCCGGUACUGCAAGUGUUUCUGGGAAAGAGAAGAAACGUUUUGAGGUUAAAAAAUGGAAUGCAGUGGCCCUGUGGGCUUGGGAUAUAGUUGUUGAUAAUUGUGCAAUUUGUCGAAAUCAUAUCAUGGACCUCUGUAUUGAAUGCCAAGCAAAUCAGGCUUCAGCAACUUCUGAAGAAUGCACGGUUGCAUGGGGUGUAUGCAAUCAUGCAUUUCAUUUCCACUGUAUUUCACGUUGGCUUAAGACACGUCAGGUUUGUCCGCUAGAUAAUCGAGAAUGGGAAUUUCAGAAAUAUGGUCAUUAG